AUGGCUUGCGAUCCGCUUAGACUGGGUGUCGGGAAGCUCCUCAACGACACGAAACUCUCCCACUUCACGGUUCGAUGUGGCACGAGAGAGUGGGCAGCUCAUAAGCUGGUCCUGUGCGUUCAAUCCGAAUAUUUCGACUGCGCAAUCCAUGGCGACUUCAAGGAAUCACGUGAAAACCUCAUCGAACUACACGAAGAUGACCCGGAGAUCGUCUCCUACAUGAUGCAGUGGCUCUAUGCGAACUAUUACCGGAUCUCCGGCCGACCUCGCACAUCCUCUUUGUACCCGGACAUACACGUCCGCGUAUACGAGCUCGCCGACAAGUACCUGCUCCACGAGCUCAAGGAUCUCGCAUCAAGAACAAUCGCGAUGCCAGACGAAAGCCUUCGCUGA